UCACAUGCUAUGCUGAGUAAGAGGCAGUUACCAGUCCACAGCAAGGUUGUUUCAGGAUUUCAACGUUACCAUUUUCGGACAUCUGAUUUCAUAGGAGAAAAGAACCACCACACUGGACCGAUGGGGCGUGGGAAAGUAGAGCUUAAGAAGAUCGAGAACACGACAAGCCGCCAAGUUACCUUCUCCAAGAGGCGGAUGGGGCUGCUCAAGAAGGCGAAUGAGCUAGCCAUUCUGUGUGAUGCACAGAUUGGUGUAGUUAUCUUCUCAGGCAGCGGCAAGAUGUAUGAGUACUCCAGUCCACCAUGGAGAAUCACAACUAUCUUUGACAGAUACCUGAAAGCCCCCAGCACCCGUUUUGAUGAGAUGGAUAUCCAGCAGAGAAUCAUCCAUGAGAUGACGAGAAUGAAGGAUGAGAGCAACAGGCUUAAGAUCAUUAUGAGGCAGUACAUGGGUGAGGACUUGGGUUCAUUGACUUUGCAAGAUGUGCUCAAUCUUGAGCAGCAGAUUGACUUCUCUCUCUACAAAAUUCGCCUGAGGAAGCAACAGCUACUUGAUCAGCAGCUGCUCGAGAUGCGCCAUGGGGAGAUGCACAUCCCAGAGGACCAGAGCAGCUAUCUGUGCCACAUGGAUCCGGCAAGCGGACAGCAGAGCCAGGCAGCCGAGAUGAUCGACCCGAAGCUGUUCCCGCUGUGGGACGUCGGCAGCCAGCUCUACAGCCAGGACGCCGAGUCCUCCAUGACAGCCCUGAAGCUCUCGCCGCAGCUGCAAGAGUACAAGCUCCAGCCUCUGCAGCCCAACCUUCAGGAGGCCGACCUCCAUGGCUACGUUCUUCGGCUGUGGUAA